UCUUAGGCCCUGUUCCGAUUGUUAAUUUUUGGGGGAAAAAUAUCAAGAACACAUAACAAGAAAUGCUGCUAUUCUCCUGUACAGGUACAAAUGAAUAUCGAGUUGUGAGUCUUGUGACUGCCUGCUGUUAAUGACUGAUGGUGGCUCCUCUCAAGUUGGGGUUGUCAUAAAUCCCAUUAUAGAAAGUUCAGUCGUACGAGUAAAAUGUCAAGGCAUUCUUCCCCAAAUUUCGCUUCUUCUUUCAUCUGCAAUUCCAAGUGAUGGAGCAAAAGGAGGAUUCAGCUUCAAGAGAAAACGAGCAACUUAAAGCACAGAUGCCACAAGUCUCAGAAGAACCUGGUUACAACAAUAAUCAGCUUGAAUUUUCUUGCAGUCAUAUUUGUUCAUUCUCAAACCUGGAAUACAGCAUAUUAGACUCUGCAGAACGAUCAAAGUCAAGGGUGAAGCUUAUAGGGCUCAUAAUCUUUUACUCAGUAGUCAUGGUAGUAGAAAUUGUUGGUGGCAUGAAAGCCAAUAGCCUUGCUGUCCUUACGGAUGCAGCUCACAUGCUCACUGACAUUGCUGGAUCUUCCAUUUCUCUUUUUGCUGUAUGGGUGGCAGGCUGGGCAUCAACACCACGGCAGUCAUUUGGAUUCGGUCGUCUUGAAGUCAUGGGAGUCCUCCUAUCAGUACAGCUGAUAUGGCUUAUCUGUGGGAUUUUGAUUUACGAAGCAGUUGACAGAAUUCUCCACAAAAAUGCUAAGGUGAAUGGGAAACUCAUGUUUUUGAUUGCCUUAUUUGGAUUCUUGGUGAACUUGCUCAUGAUUUUCUGGCUUGGUCAUGAUCACACUCACCAUAGUCAUUCUCAUGAAUCUCAUGAAACCUGCAACAGUGAAGAGCAUGAUCAUGAAAUGGAGGAAUUAGACGUCAUGGGCGUUGAAGACACCAUAGGUCUGGUAUCACCUUCCCCACUGAACGUAAAGAUUUUAAACAUAAACAUACAAGGUGCUUACCUGCAUGUUAUGACUGAUAUCAUCCAGAGUGUCGGGGUAAUGAUUUCUGGAUUGAUCGUAUGGGUUAAACCAGAGUGGCUGGUGGUUGAUCUGCUCUGCACUCUUGUCUUCUCCAUUGCUGCACUUGGCACGACUCUGCCCAUGCUGAAAAAGGUAUUCUGUAUAUUGAUGGAGAGAGCUCCGGAUGAGAUUGACAUUGCACUCCUUGAAAAUGGCUUGAAGAGCAUAGAGGGACUUCAUGAUGUUCAUGACCUGCAUGUUUGGGCGAUCACUUCUGGGAAGUUUGUGUUGGCCUGCCACAUUGUGAUUGGCCCUGGAGUAAGUCAAAAUGAAAUGCUCAGUAAAGUUGGGGAUUACUGUGAGAGAAGUUUCAAAAUUCAUCACGUUACCAUACAAAUUGAUCGUCAAGUACACUAAAUGCAGCAUUUCUCGCUUAUUCAGUCCUCUCUCCAGUCUCCGUUUGUGACUUUAUUUCAUAUUGAAAUACCUCGUCUGAAGAAAAUGUCAAUACGCAGAAAAACAUGCACGACGUUGCAGUCCAGGUGCUAGAGUGCCUAUGUUUAGUCCUGAAGUUAUCUCCAUAUGGGUGCUUUAAUUAGGUCCA